AUGGCCGCUUCUCACCUCGCCGUCCUCUCCGUGCUCGCCCUCCUCGCCGUCGCCGCCACGGCGCAGCCUCCGUCGGCCUCCCCCGGCGCGGCGCCGAAGGCCUCGCCUCCCGUGGCGACCCCGCCGCCAACGGUGGCGCCGCCGACCAAGGCCCCGGCUCCCGCCCCCAAGGUCUCCGCCCCGGCGCCCGCCCCCAAGGUCGCCGCCGCGCCUGCCCCCACCCCGUCCGCCGCCACGCCGACCCCGGAUGCCGCCGCGUCUCCCUCUCCCAGCGUGUCGCCCUCCCCCUCCGCCGAGCCCCCGGCGAAGAAACUCCCGACCGGUGCCGCCGCUGGCCUCCGCCCCGCCGUCGCGUUGUUCGCCGUCGCCGCCGCAGCCGUCUACGCCUUCUAG